GGACCAGCUCCCCCUCCCUCCACUCCCCUCCCCACCAUCUCCUGCACCUCCCCCUCCCCUCCAUCAUUUCUCAGCCUGAUCCUCAACACCGGGACCGGGGCCACCAAGACAACAUCGGCCUGAGCCACGUUCUGCUGAAACUCUCAUUGAGAUAAACAGAGGGAUCUCCGCUAAUAUUUUGUGACAAUUCUGGAAAUUCCUGGGAUUCAGAUAUGAAUAUUUUAUUGUCAUUAUCAUGUUCUCUCACUAUCUUGUAUAUUGGCCAAUAUUCUGAUGAGGACAUUGAUACUCUUUGAAGAUUUCAUGAUUUACGUAGCACAAGAAGUGGGUAAAAUGGCAAAACCUUUGGGGAGGGCACCCUCAUUGGGGUGAAAGUGGUAUGGUCCAUGCUACUUUACAAUGUAAUUUCUAACAAUAAAGUCACCACGAAAGGAUUUGCUCACAAUGGGACUGGCCCAUGAUACAGACCCUCCAUUCAUAAGUUUCCAGUGCUGAGCAGGACCCUCAAGAAACACCCCAUUGCCCCAAGUGAGACGCAUUUUACUUCCAUUUCGGGCUGAGACACCAAUAAAUUUUACUGAAAAUUCUUCUAAAUCAUUUUGCUUGUUUGGGGGUGACGUUUCCUAAGACAAACAUGUCAGAAAUGAAUCUCUAUCUGUGGUUCUGGAUCCAAAAUCAGCUUGGACAAAGCUGCUACUAAGUACUUUGUAUUAGCCCAGUAAUAGCCCAGUAAUAGCCCAGUAAUAGCCCAAUAAUAGCCCAGUAAGGGGGUGCAAAGGAGCAACACUCACCAACUUUGCAUCGACAAUGGAAACGUAUAAUCGGGAUUUCUGCUCUUCCAUUGAAACAUUCCCAAGUGGCAAGAUGCCCAGUGUAGGACCCCAGAAGGUCUCUUCUCAAUGAUGUGCGGAUGAAAGGUUCCAACAUCUACAGGAGGGGAUUUAUACAAAGCUGUGGGGUGCGGUGGGAAUAAAUUAGGAAUAAAAGAAUUUUGAAAGACUGAUAAUUCCAUAUGAAACUGAUGCCGCACACAAAGGAAAAGUCUGGCGGAGAAGCCACUCCAGCAAGUGCUGUAAAGGUGAGGUUUGGGUUCCCAUUUCAAAGGGGGUCUAGUGUUCAGACUCCAGAAGAUGACCACUGGUUCCUCUGACCUGGUAACCAUUCUUGGGGUUGAUAAGAACGGAGCCAUGAAUCUCCUGUAUAGAAAGAGUAGAGUGGAGUGGAGACAGAAAGACGAGGAGUCAAAAAAAAGCAAUACAGGGAAGGUCCGGGACAUGGCCUCGUUCCGCCGCCACUUCAGAAUGGGAUUCAUGACGAUGCCGGCCUCGCAGGAACGAGACCCUCUCUCCAGUGGGAAUGCCAUGCCCCCCCGCUCCCUGUCCUGUCAUUCUGUUGGCAGCGCACCAGAAGAGAGUAGGGGUGAAAGUGGACCCACAGGGAGGAGACCCCCAGCCAAACCUAAGAGGAAUCCCAGCACCAAACUCAGCUUUGCCGGUGAGGGGAGAGUUCAGGAUGAACGGAGGAUCAGGAAGGAAGGAGGGUCCCUAAAAAGUGCCUCUGAAUCCCGUCGCAUGCCCCCCCAAAAGCCACAGCGGAGCCCCCAUACACACCUUUCAGCCUCCUUUGAUGAGACCUACGCCAGACGACCAGCCUCCACCUCUGCAAUCCUACCGUGCUCUUCCUCUCACUCCCCCGAAGAGCCGGUCUACAUUGAAAUGGUGGGAAAUGUUUCAAGAGGGCACGCUCCACCUUCGACCCCAGCUCCUCCAGAUGAAGAUUCAGAUGGAGAGGAAGAGGCCAUUUACGAAGAAAUGAAAUAUCCUGUCCAUGAAGACCAUUCAUCUCAUCUGCGACAUCCUCAUCGCCGUCACCCCCCACCACGCAGGACACCUGAUGUGGACAUCCCCCCUCCCUUCCCAAAUUUACUGCAACAUCGUCCUCCACUACUGGGAGCCCCUUCAGGCAAGGGCAAUAAAGUUACAAAACCUGGUCCCCCAGUGUCAUCCAAGCUGCCAGUUCCUCAAAAGGAGUUGCCACCCUCAGUUGCUUCCUCUUCCAUUCAUCUUCCUCCUUCUGGACGUGCUCGUAGCCAUUCAACUCCAUUGCCCCCACAGGGCUCAGUCCAGCAUAGGCCAGAAUCUGUAACCCCAAUUUCUCGUGGUUCAGGCUGCACACAGGAGAAAGGGACAUCAAUGCUUCCCAUUCCACAUGGGCAAUCCCGAGACAAGUCCCUCUCUUACACUAUGGUCUACUCUUCCGUGAAGGUGACCCAUUCCCUACUUCCAGCCUCACAGGUGGAAGAGAAAACAGAACGAGAGAUCUCAGUGCUGGCUGGACUCAUCUGUCCGGCAUCUCGUGUGUCAGGAACACAGUUGCCCAGCCGCCCACCCUCAGCCCAGCUUCACCAGGGCCUAAGGGAACAGUCUUCCCCUGUUGUCUGGACAUAUCCUGCAGGCAGGAGGCCACCAGCAUAUGAAAACAACAUGAAGGGCUCCAGAGGAACACAGGCCACAGAUACUCGAGGAGGGACAGUGGAGGAGGAAAGGGGCGGUACAGUUUGGGAAUUACAGAGGAGGAUGUCGUGUGGACGAAGAAGCCAACUUGGUGAACCUAUUGCAGAUGGAUCACGGGUUUGGAAUGGGAAUCCAGCAAGGCCAGAAAAGGGGAGUCAGAGCACUGGAGGUUCAGGAAUUCCAGUCAGAACUCAGCAGAGCCUGGAUGGUGCAAGUGGCCGUGGAGCAGGCAGAACAGGGCUCCCAGUUCCAUGUCAAACCUUCCCAUCUUGUCACCGGGCCACUGAUCUCGGGGGAAUUUACCGACUUGGUCGCUCUGCCUCAACCUCCGGGGUACGUCAAGCAUCGACUCAGCGGCAGAGCCAGACCUUGCUGCCGAGUACACCCCCGGUCCCUUCAACCAGCAAGGAUAGAGAUGGAAAGCUCCAGGAGGUCAUUGAACGGAAGCGAUUCCUGUGCCAUGAGAUUAAAUCCCGGCAGCCAAGAGUGGAGAGGGGAUUGUGCAAGCAGGAGAGCCUGCCCAUUCUGCCCAGCUGGCGUAGGGUCCCCGAGGGACAGAAAGGGGGCACCCCGCCGUGCCAUCGGCAGCAAGCUGUGGUGUGGGACACUGCCAUUUGAGUUUCUCUGCCUGACUUCAACCUGAGAUCUCUCCCAGGGACGCUGGCCGGAACCCUGAAGAGGGAGCCAUGGGUGGAGACACAGUGUGGUCUCAAAAUGUAGAGGAGAUUCUUAGUAGAGGAUGAAACAUGAUCUGCAUGUAAUUAAGGUAUUAGUAAUAUGCCAUGGAAAAGAAAUGUAAGAGGGAGGCUUGGAGUAUUGUAUUUAUGAGUAGAGCCAAGAUGUAAUGAUGUGGGGAGUGCUCUGCGUCUUCACUGGGCAGGGGGAAAGGUGUCCCCACAUGGAGAAGUAUUAUAUGUACAUACAGCUCACCAUGAAAGAGAGAGAUGGGACCAGGCAGCCAUUGUUUCUUGGGCUGGUUUCUUGAGUUGUGCCAAACAAUUGUGUUCCCAUGGAAGAGGCUCGGCGCAUUGGCAGGAGAUGGACUCUGAGCUUGUCAUAUGGUACAUGGAGCUUAGAACCAUGAAGGCAGUGAAGUCCCACCUUGGGGUGUUGCCUUGUAGAGUAGAUCACAUGCCAAGACCACAACACGAAUGCGCCACAAAAGGUGCAACUCUGAGGCUUGCAGAUAUUUUCUUAAAUGAUGUUCAAGGCUGCAGCCUCCUGUGCUGUCCUACAAAACCCAUCAUCAUCUUAUGCAAACUGGUGCCUUCUAAUGGCCACGGGACUUGGAGAGCAACAGCGGGUGGUCAGUCUGCUCAGUCUAAUCUGGAGAUAAGUGAAGCCACUCAAGGUUUAGUGGAGCUUUGAAGGUGGGAUGCAGAUCACAAGAGAAACAUAAAGUGAGUGUGAGACUCAGAUCUCAAGGGAAACAUAAAGUGAGUGUGAGACACUGAGUGACACCCAGAUCUCAAGGGAAACAUAAAGUGAGUCUGAGACACUGAGUGACACCCAAAUCUCAAGGGAAACAUAAAGUGAGUGUGAGACACUGAGUGACACCCAGAUCUCAAGGGAAACAUAAAGUGAGUGUGAGACACUGAGUGACACCCAGAUCUCAAGGGAAACAUUAAGGUAGUGUGAGACACUGAGUGACACCCAGAUCUCAAGGGAAACAUAAAGUGAGUGUGAGACACUGAGUGACACCCAGAUCUCAAGGGAAACAUUAAGGUAGUGUGAGACACUGAGUGACACCCAGAUCUCAAGGGAAACAUAAAGUGAGUGUGAGACACUGAGUGACACCCAGAUCUCAAGGGAAACAUAAAGUGAGUGUGAGACACUGAGUGACACCCAGAUCUCAAGAGAAACAUAAAGUGAGUGUGAGACACUGAGUGACACCCAGAUCUCAAGGGAAACAUAAAGUGAGUGUGAGACACUGAGUGACACCCAGAUCUCAAGGGAAACAUAAAGUGAGUGUGAGACACUGAGUGACACCCAGAUCUCAAGGGAAACAUAAAGUGAGUGUGAGACACUGAGUGACACCCAGAUCUCAAGGGAAACAUAAAGUGAGUGUGAGACACUGAGUGACACCCAGAUCUCAAGGGAAACAUAAAGUGAGUGUGAGACACUGAGUGACACCCAGAUCUCAAGGGAAACAUAAAGUGAGUGUGAGACACUGAGUGACACCCAGAUCUCAAGGGAAACAUAAAGUGAGUGUGAGACACUGAGUGACACUCAGAAUAAAGGGAGGAUGAGUGAUGGUCUCAUUGGAGGACAUCUGAGAUAGGUUUGAGCUUCUUUAGAGUUGUAGAUUGGACCUUGGAACCAGAACAAUUGGUUGUGGGGGGUCCUGAAAGUUAUUGUAUUUGAGGCAGACAUGGAGGACCCCAGGCUGCUAAUGCUCAUCUGACCCCCUUCUGGAAGGUUUAGGCAACUGCCCUCUCAGAACGGACCAUAUUCUGCUCCAGCUUAUGGGGAAAAAAAAAUCUUUUUUUUACUGGGACUUUUUUGAGUUACUAGAAAAUUCCUACAAAUACAUAAUCAUCGUACAUAUCGCUUUUUAGUAUCUUUUUUUCCUGAAACUGUAAAAAGAUUUACAAUAUUUAUCCAUGUAUAUAAACGGUAAAAAUGAAACACUUUUGUACAGAGGAGGAACCGAAGGGUUAAAAAGAUUGUAACAUCAAUUCCGUUUGCCUCUUUAAAUCCUACGUCUGCCAUAAUUGGUUGCUUAUUGUCUCUCCGGCAUUUCAUUGGCCGCUUAAUUCUCUGACGGUAACCUGAAGAAAAAUGUGACGGAAUUGCCAUUGUUUGAAUGUAUUUGCUAUUUUAUAUUUUUUUUCUAUUUUAUUUAUUUAUUUUUACUUAACUUAUUUCUAGAGUAUAAAUUGUGUUUCACAAACGAAAUCGAAAUUAUUGAUUCUUUUUAUAUUUAUUUCUAGAGAACAAUUUUAGCAAACCUGAAUUUUUGGAGUUUUCGACGCGAUUCAAGCAAAUCAUGGUUAAAAAAUGUUGUGAAAUUGAAUUAAAAAUUUUUCAUUGAAAAAACUUCAGCAGCUGAAAC